ACUCAUAAAAAUACAGCUUACCAAUUCUAACUUCAGAACUUACAGAUCUGCAGAUUUAUGAACUCAUGUUUACGGCAGUACACUGUUACAUGUGCCAGGUAUUGCAGGCUUAAUAAUUAUUGAAUAGGCCUACAUGAAUAAGAAGAAAUGAGCUGAUGACCCCAUGAUACUGUGAUACAUGCCUAUUUAGUUAUCAGAACUGGGGUUGGUAGCAAAUAUUGGACCAAACACUGUAGUAGUAUAUAUAUACAGAUAUAUGAAAAGGUUGAAAUCACAUCAAUUGAAGAAAUACAACUGACUGAUAGAUAUCAAUGGAACAUUGGAUGUAGCCUAGUAUUGUUGUAUCCUGUACCGACUUGAAUGACAUGAUAUAAAAUGGCUGGACUAAUAAAGAAACAAAUUUUGAAGCAUUUGUCUAAGUUUGCUAAAAAUCUCUCCGCUGACAAGAUCAACCUGAGUACAUUACGAGGUGAAGGAGAAUUGAAUAAUUUGGAAUUGGAUUGUAUUGCGUUGCAGAAUGUUAUGAAUUUGCCUACAUGGUUGCAAAUAAAUCGUGCAUCAUGCAAUCGAGUUCAUGUAAAGAUUCCAUGGACGAAAUUGAAAACUUCCCCAAUAUGCAUUUUUCUUGAUUCAGUAGAGGUAGAAAUGAUAACUUGUGAAAAACCAAGAGCUCCGAAUGGACCGUCACCCAUUCAGGCAUCAGCCAGCAGUGGUGACACGAGUUACGGAUUUACUGAAAAGGUUUUGGAAGGAAUGACUGUCAAUAUCAACUCCAUUUCCGUCAACUUUACUUCAGCUGCUUUUAAUGCAACUUUCCAGCUAUCACAACUACUGGUUUUAAGUACAAAUCCCAAAUGGGAGAAAACAGAUUUGAGACUUUCAAGGAUCACUGACAAGACAUUGGGCCAGGUACUGACGUUCAAAAAGAUAUCAUGGCAGACCAUGCGAAUUGUUGCAGAUGCAGUGACAACAAAUGAUAAAAAUUCAACAACACCAUUGAGAUUAAUUACAAAUCAAAGUGAAAUAAAGAUGACUUUCAGAAGGAAGACUUCCGAUUGUUCUGUGAUUGCCAGCGAGUUAGAUAUUCAUUUCGAUGAUUUGUUGUGGGUUCUUACUGAUUCACAAGUACAAUCUGCUUUACUUUGUGUGAAAUCAUUACGAGAUACAAUUGAGCGUUCCAGUCAACAAAUGAGAGAACUUGGUCUAGUGAAAGCAAAUGAAACUCAGCAGUUGCCGGCAAAACCUCCCAACACCUCGACAAUAAAUGAUUCUGAUGAUCAAUCUGCCUCAAAAUACUUUGAACAGCAUACAGUUAUAGAAACUGCGUAUCAUUUACAUUUUGAUCGUGUCGAUCUACACAUUUGUGAAGAAAGUUCACCUACACAUAAAGGUUUUGGAAAGAACAAAAGCCAAGGUGGUGCUAUUCAGAUUUCUCUUCAUGAUUUGAAAAUGGAUCAUUAUCCUUAUCAUAAAGCAGCAUCUGACAGAGAUCAUUUCAGAGAUGACGGAGAGACAAUGAUUGAAAGAAAUAGUUGGGCAGAUGGGAUUAUCAAACAGUUCAGAAGUGAUUUUGCAAAGUUGAAGAAAGCUGCGGAACAAGCUGGAAAUUUAACAAAAUAUCCACACCAAAAAUCUGCUCGUUUGGUUGAAAAUUGUUUAUCUGUACGUCUGACAGAUAUCGAUAUACAUCAAGUAACAACGUCAAACAGUAAGAAGCAAUCAAGUGGAAGAUUAAUUAAUUCAACAAGGAAAGAGUUAUUACUACCCGAUGAUAUGCCGUUGUUUCAUUUCAUCAGAACUGAAUAUUAUUAUCCCGAUGGCAGGGAUUAUCCAGCUCCACAUGACAAUAUUUUCAUGCAAAUCAAUGCUCCCCAAAUACAUGCACACUGGGAUUCAUUAAUAUGGUUAAAUACUCUCAUAACAAAGACUGUACAAGCUGUUCAGAAAAUGUUGGAAGAUCUCGGCAUAUUGUCUGAUAAUGAUGAGGAUGACACACUAGAAAAUAUGUCUUCUCCUGCUCAAAAUAAAGAUGAAGAACACACUGAUAUAAGAAUGCAAAUUUUAAUGCCAAAGAUUUUCAUCCCUGGUCCAAAAUCAACACAUGAUAAACAACCUCAUGGAUUAGAAAUUCAAACAUCAAAAGUAGCAGUCACAAAUUGUCGAGAUGGAUCAGAUUGUACAAGACUUCAUUUGAAAAAUGUUUUGAAAAAAAUGGAUGAGCAACAUUUUGCCAAAAAUCCUCAUGCCUUUCCUGGUGAAAAAGGAAUCGAUCUCUCGUUCAUGCAAGAUUUGUUGAGAUCACAUGCUAAAGGAGAAGAUGUUCCUCUGACUAUUGCUUUGAAAAGUGGGAAUCCAGAUCUAAAGAAAGCGGCAUUGAUGUCAUCAGCAACAAAAGAUGUUUGGUCAGUAGAUAUAGAACAACUAUGGAUAGACUUUGUGAUGCCUUCAUUGAAAAAAGCUGUCGAAGAAAAAGAAUCUACAGGAGGUUUUUUGGGAUUGACCAGAGUAAAUGAUGAUCCUGUUUCAACGGGAACUAGAGUUCCUUUUAUAGACUCGUUCCCGACACAAUUAUGGAUUGGAGAAUCUGCCGGCAUUUCCGAUGGAACUGUAAAACUUGCUUGUCCGACUUUUGUGGGUGAAGCUGCACUUUCACCUAGUUCGUCACUGUACAAUAUCGGUUCACCCACACAAGAUUCUUCGUUUAAUAAAGUUGCUUCGAACAAUGUAGAUUACGCAAAAACAAAUGGAAAUAAUAAAUUGGAACCAACAUCUGAUAUGCAAGAAUUUCAGCAAACUCCGCUUUCUGGUUCAGUUUCUUCAUCAUCCAUUGAUUCAUCUGAUAAUACUGCGAGUCCACGUUCAACAAGGCACAAAAAACUUCUCAGUGAUUAUUAUCGAACUGAUGUGAAACCACAGAAAGAUGAUGACGCUAUUUCUCAAGACAGAACUUCUGUUUCAAGCACGUCUUCAACAAAAAAUAAAGUCAUAUCAACACAUAUACUAGUACAUAGUAAUAAGGCUGUGAGAUUACAACUCGAUCACCAUCAAUAUCUAUAUUUAUUACGACUUAUCGACACUGUUGAAGAUGUGGGAAAGCAACUCGAUGAGAGUACCUCAGAAGUACUGAGUUCUACUCCCUCAUCUGCCUCCUCAACACCUUCUCAUGCGCCAAAUAAUAUGCGUCCAAGAUCGGGCAAGAAAAAAUCAAAACCAGUUUCCACGACAUCUGUAAGAUUAUCAGCACCUGCUGCAGAUCUUUUUCUUAUUUUACGUCCUCCACCACCCGGUGUUCAAAAAGAUGAUGCCGAUUGUAAUGCAAGUGAUACCUCAAGUGUUGUGUCACCACAAAAAUCAGUAUCAACAGAGGGCGCUGAAAGUGUGAAAUCUGAACCACAAAAUACGAAUGAAGAUGCAGAGUCUUUUAUGAAGAAAGCGCAACCUAAACUUUCCAUCGUAGCUCAAGAUACUCCACCUUUAUCAGAAUGUGGAUCUGAUACACUUAGUAUUCAAGGCUCAGACAAUCUCAGUAUAUUUGGUGAUUCUUUCACCUCUGGUGUUUAUCCUCAUUCUGAGAGUAUAGGUGCUACUCCAUAUGUGCCCAAGGCAAUUGGUUCAUAUCCCCAUGAAACAUCAGAUACAGAAGAUCUUCCAAUGUUGCCAAGAGAUAAUGUUUCAUCUAUGAAGUCAUAUGAUAAUGCAGUGGAGUCACCUUUAUCGCAAGAUGUUAAAGCUUCUCUUGUCAAGCAAAAGUCUGGUAGUAUGUCUAAGUUGUCUUCUGCAAGUAGUAGUAGCACAUCUAUAGAACCGAAACAUCAAAUAAAAGAAAAAUUUCAAUCUCGAAAUUAUUCAUCUGAUAAUUUAAGAACAACCAUUUCAACUUCAGAUCAAACGAUUCACUUUAAUAAUGUCAGCACUGCAAAAAGUAGUUCCAGUGGUUAUGAGUCUGGUUCUCACGAUUCUUUACCUCUUCCUACAAGCAGUGAUGAUCAAGUUGUUUCUGUUGAGAAAUCAUCUCGUCAUUCACACUCUAGUUCUGAUGCCAGUGAUCAGUUUGUUAUGAUUAAGGUUGAUGAACAAGGCAAAGGAACAGAUGAAUUUGGCUCUGUGAAGCUAAGUAAGCAGAUGAAAACAUCAUCUAUUAGUUCUGGCAUUCCCAGUGAAACUUCAUCAUUAUCAUCAAGUCAAGGAUUUUCACAAUCUGAUCAGUUGUUGAAAUCAGACAUUGAUUCAUUUUCUGCUGCGUGCGGUCUGGCUGAUUCACAAAUUACUGUCACUAAUCUUGAUGAUGCUAACAGUGUGUCUACAACAAGUCAAAAUGAAAGUGAAGAAAAGAUCAAUCCAGUAGAGGAAAAGAAGCCUCCACCAGAAAUGUCUUCUGUUGUCAAUUUACAUGUGUCAGAAGGAAUCGAGUUAUCUGUUGAUUCGAAUGAUGCCAACGACAGUGUUGUUAAAAUCGUUGCAACUUUUGUUGAUGUUCUUGAACUUGGUACAAUCAAGACUGCAAAAACGGAUUCUAUCUUUUUGAAUUACACGCCAAAGAAAUGUGCAUCACUAUACAAGAAGCCAUCAAGUGACCUUACCUCUCCAAACUUCUGCUUACGAGUGGACUCUGGUCCACAGGCCAUGAGGUAUACUCCGGCUGCAGCUAAAGUUGGUCACAUUUCCUUGUCUGCAAACAGUGUUCCCCUUGUUCUAAAAUCAUCAACUUUGGCAAAUUUAGGAGCUUUUGUGGAAGAUGAAGAGAUACCUGAUAUUGUUCCAAUGAAAAUCAAAGCAAAUGAUGUUAAAUUAACUAUAAAAGAUGAUAUGCCAGCAGCAUAUGAAGCUACUCCCACUCCUGAUCCAAUUACAUUACAUAUCCAUGAAGCCACUGUUACCAGAUCUGAUGAUGGAACUUUUCACGUAUCAACCUCAUCCUCUGGAGGAAAGCCUUUACCAGUAUUGAAGACUAUAUCAGACAUUUUACCUUCAAAUAACGAAAGUGAAUGUAAAAUGUCUACAGUGAAAGAGAAUCUUGUAAAAGAAAUAAACUCUGAAUUAGGUGUGAAUGGAACUACUGAUGAAAUUGUAACAAACAAACCUGUUAAAUCUGAAAGUAAUGGUGGUGACAGCGUGUCACAAAUACCACAAAAGAUAUCUAGUGAUGUUGAAAAUAUUGUACAAAAUGAGGAAAAGAAAGACUCUGACAUUUUAGUUGAAGAGUUACGUAAGAAAUUGCGAGAUGUCGAAGCUGAAAGAGAUUCUCUCGCUGCGGCACUUCAGUAUAUGCAAGAAGAUUUGAUUUCAUCUGAACGAGAGCGAUCAAACUUACGAGCACAGAUUAAUUAAUGAAUUAAUCACAUUUUAAUUAUGAUUGGUCUUGCAUGUCUUCUGGCAAAUUAUGCUUGAAAAGCAUGAUUCUUGGAGCGAUGCUUGAACAUUCAUUUUCAAUGAACUUGACUUUUUAUAUCAACUCAAAUAUUUGGUGCAUGUUAUAAAUGGCAAUUGAGCAAAUUAAUCUUUCAACUUGAUUAGUCAUGAAUUUUUUCUAUUUACACAUAUAUUAUUGGUGUUUGUAGCAAAAUCCUACUGCGGUUUUCACAUAUUUGUUAUUUGUUGAACUUAUUGAUAAUUUUGAAAAUGAUUUUUUAUGCAACCAGGCGCAGGUUAUAGUAUUCAAUUGAUCUAUUCCAUGGAUAGAACUACUCAUGUUUGACAUCUGUAUGUUCCAUGCAUAUAAUUAGGCUUGUUGUUAUGAACAAUGAUAUCAGUAUUGUGCGAGAAUGUGAUUUUAUAUUCUGCUAAAUGUUCUAGUGUUAAUUAUUAAAACCAUAAUUUGAAUCUUAACAUCCAUCGAAAUCAAGGCUAUUCAAUAAGUUAUUAUUCAUAUAGUAUUUCAUUGCUGGAAGCAAUUUGCGAUUCACUGAUGAUUACCAUGACGAAAGCAUCAAUACAAAUAGUACAUAUAUAAGUUUUUUACUAUCAUUUCAUUUUGUGGAAAACCAGCAUAAAUCACAUUUGAUGAAUUAUCGCCAAAUAUCUUCGUCCACAGUACUUAACCUGAAUUUAUAUUUGUGUUAAAAUUGCAUCCAAUGCAUGAGGUGUUACAAUAGGCGAUUAUUCAAAUGUAUUUCAUUAUUCUACUGAAUAUGGAUGGCAUAGUGUACAUAUACCAAGGUUGCUCACUUAGAACCUUAAUUUCUUUAAUUUUUAUUGGUUGCCAAGCAUGACUCCAUCUUGGUGAUCUUGGUUUUUAUUUUAUGUCCGCAGCAUUUUUCUGAUAUGCUUGUUAGAAUAUUGACAUGCAUGAUUGCAAGCUUUGAUGCUCAAUUUUUAACAAAAUUUAACUCCCGGUGCUUCCGAAAUUAUCGCAAUAUUUAGAAAAUACACAACUCCACUAUAUACUACCGGUACUCACAAAUAAACUUUGUUCAUGGAUAAGAGUUAGUUAUUAUGGUCAUUGAUAUUGAGUUGUGCUCAUACCUUUGACUAAACUGCUUAUAUUGUUGAUAAACCUAAUAUAUAUUAGUAUACAUGUUCGAUAUCAUUGAACAAGAAAUAAUGGCGUUUCUGUCUCAUCUCACCUAUUGAACUGGAAGAUUUGCUCCCAAUUUAUGUGAAUAUUACUUUUACACUGUUUAUUUCAGUACUCAAAUGUUCUACCACAUUCAAAAGAAUGUUUGCUGUCUUGUCGUGUAUAAACUUAGGCAAGGUUUCUGUUUGAACUGGUCUGAAUUGUUCUCAUUCUUUGUCAUUUUUGUUUACGUUUUCAGCUUACAUCUGUAGGUUGAGCAUUAAUUUAUUAUAAAUCAAAAAUUCAGAAUUAUUCUCAAAUCAGCAUUUGUGUAUUAGAAAAGUGACUUGAAAGUUGCGCUGUUUUGUUUUUGUUAGUUUAUAAACUGCUUUUUGUGUCAUGCUCUGCGAUUGAUUUAUGUUCAAUUUUGCAUGAUGUCCAUGAAAUCCUGUAUUUUAAAUUUCUGUUCAUCUGAUUCGGCAGAGCAUGGUUUUCGUGAAAGCAAGUCAGUUUGCCUGAUAUUCUUGGAAUGAAUCAACAUUCAAAUGCGUUUAUUUUUCCUUAUUCAGAGAAGUUUAUUCAGUUUGUCAUUUGAAUUUUGUUGAUAAGCCAUCACUAGCUGUAUGCAAGACCAAUAAUAAAUGGUUCCAUUACAUUGAACCCACGACAAUUGCACCUGCAUACUAUUGCACCUAUGGAAAUUUUUUGUUUUACGGAUAUUUGAACCCAUACUAACCCUAACCGAUGGGUUGUAGCACCUGCAUAUAGAUUGAACCCGCGGAUAUACACAUGGGUUCAAAUGUACGUGGGGUAAAAUAUACGGGCACCAUAAUAAAUUUGUCCAAUUUGUAAAUGAUUGAUUAAAGGAUGUCCCGUAAGUUAUUUUAUUUUUGCCCCGAAUAUAUGUGUUGAAGUUUUUUCUGUGUGCGGUCUUAUCUCUGUAUAUGUAUGUUAUGUGAAGCAAAACAGUGCAAUAUUUCCUUUUGUUUUGUUUCUUUAUUCAUAUUGAUUAUCUGUGAUUCUUAUAUUACAGCCAUUGCUUGAUUGCUUUCUCCAUUCGCAUGUAUUUUUCAACUGCAAAUUCUAGUAUAUCUAUGUAUAGUUGAAAUGAAUGUUAUAUGUUGAAUUUUUAGCAGAUUUGUAUCUGGGACUGGUAAACCCGAUUAGGUAUCAGCAUUAGAUUCGUUUGUAUUUCUCAAUUAUUUCUCAUCAUUGUAUUGAGUCAGUAUAAUGAUAUUAAUUUCUAGACAUGUCUGUAUUCAUAUUUUUAGUAUUACAUCAUAAACAUUGUCUUGUUCACCGUGAAAAAGCACCUCAAAUUCGUCACCAUUAAAGUUCUAUUUUACUAUUCAAUUUUCUUUAUUUAAAACAGUCCACAGCAAGCGUCAGUUUUGUCAAAAACUGGCGGCCAUUCAUUGUCCUUGAAGUGACUUUUUAGGCGAUGAUACUAUUGAUUUUGCUUAUUAAUACGUUUUGAGAUUUUCAAUUAGUUUUAAUUUAAUUAAAACGAUGCUGUCGA